UCAUUAAACACGCAUUGGACUCCGCUGACAAAUAUGCUACUAUUUGUAUCAUCAACACGGCCAUAUUGUUAACAACUUUAUGUUAUUGUGUUUGGCCAUCAAAAUUGCCAUAAUAAAUCGGUUAUUUCACGGGUAAUAUUUGUACCGCAUGAACGUGUCGACCAUGGAUGAGAGUUGUGUCAGUACUGUGGAAAAUAAAGCAGCACCGCCGGAAGCUUCCGCACCAUUAGCGGCAGCAUGGACGACUCCACAAAAUGCAGCACCGAUAUCAUGGAAUUUUAACGAGACUUCCAGCGACGCGACAUACUUUCCGCAUCCGCUGUUUUUUGGUCAAUAUUUACCGGCACCGUGGCCAGCGCAGGAGAAAUCGUUGGCUGCCAACGGAAUGCCGACCGCUGUGGACGCUGCCGCCGGUCCAUCGACUCCGUCAACGUUAGACGAAUCUAAUCCGAUGAGCGUCGUCAAAGCCAAUAAAGACAAACGGGGUUCGCUGAGCUACGUGGCCAUGAUCUUCAAAGCCAUCAUCGAGUCACCGCAGAAACAGCUGACCUUAGGCGAAAUCUACGCGAUUAUUCUCCAGCAGUAUCCGGCGUUUUGCGCCAGCAAGAAAGGAUGGCAGAACAGUAUCCGUCAUAAUCUUAGUUUGAACGAGUGCUUCGUGAAGGUUCCGCGCAUACCUGGCGUGAACGAGGGCAAAGGCUGCUUCUGGACAAUCGGUCCCGGAGCCGAGGACUUAUACAAAGAUGGCGAUUAUCAGCGACGCCGACGCAUGAAGCGAGCCACUUACCGGGCCAGCGCCCCCAACACGGCAGCAUUUCCACCUAACAUCUGCGCCGACGACGCGCAUUUCUCACUGUGGUCCAGCACCUGGCAGCCACGCAAUGCGUGGCCAGUAAACCACAUCCAGUCGGCAAGCUUUCCACCCGCUUAUCCACCGCCCAGUAACGCCUUGUUGCAGCCCGGAGUAGCGUUCCCGCAAAGCGGCGCUGCCGGUUCACAUCAGCGCUUUAUGAUGAGUGUGCCACCGUUUCCAAAUAGUUUCCAACGGCACUGCACACCCCGUGCUGGCUACACGGCUACGAAGCCAGUUCGUGCGGGAAAUCUCGUGCCGGAUUGGACGGGAUCACCCACAGGAUUCCCGUUCGUGGGAUCCUUCCCAAAUCUGUAUCCUGGAUAUCCUGGCCAAGUGAUGAGAGCGGCUGCAAGCAGAAAAUUCGCGGGAUCCAACGGAACCGUGCGAGUCGACAAUCCGUUGCUGCACAACAAAGGUAACUGACGGUCCUGCCGUAAAAGAUCUGGUGCCACCGCGCAACGACGAAGGGUUCUUGUUUGCUGUAAUUGUCUUGAGGCCUUGGAUAUAAAAUUAUGAAUAAUUUGGUCAAUCUGUGAACAGUUGCAAAGUGUUUAGGAUCAACAGUUGAAGGAAUUACCGCUGAGUUUUGCUGUUUAAUAUUUCUUAAUUUGGAGCCGAGCAUUUUCGGAUGGGCCGGUAUAGCCGUAUGUAUCCAUGCUGCCGACAUAAAAGA